CCAAUAUCUACAACAAGUCAUAGUAAUAGUAUACUGCAACAUGCCAACCAUCCUCCUCCUCGGCACCUGCGACACAAAAUGGUCCGAACUACUCUACCUCCACUCCCAACUAACCUCUAACCCCUCCAUCUCCGUCCUUCUCAUGGACGUCGGCCGCGCCGCCACCUCCUCUCCGCUCAUCAACAUUCCUCAUCCCAGCCUCAACAACAAAACAAUCGACUUCACCCAGCUCCCCCGAAACGACUACAUCCAAUCCAUCACCCAUCUCUCCACCCCCACCGUCGCCGACCUCUACCACAAUGGCAAAAUCCACACCAUCCUCUCCAUCGGCGGCAGCUGCGGCACCACCAUCGCAACCACCAUCAUGCGCGACGCCCUUCCCAUCGGGUUCCCGAAACUGAUGGUCUCCACCAUGGCCUCCGGCGACGUGGGUCCCUACAUUCAAGAAACAGACAUCACCAUGAUGUACAGUGUCGUGGACGUAGCCGGCACAAACAGCAUUCUGAACAGAAUCCUCCGCAACGCAGCAGCCGCAGGAACCGGAAUGGCGAUAUCAUACCACGACCAGCUUCAGACCUCAGAGUCUAAUAGCUCGAACGGACACGCUCAGAAUAGACAUCAUAAGGAGAAUGGUAGCCUCAGCAAAGAAACGCCCAAAAAAACCAAAAUCGGCAUCACCAUGUUCGGCGUGACCACACCUGCCGUAACCCAAAUCCGCACCUACCUGGAAUCCCACCUCCACAACGAAUGCGAAAUCUACGUCUUCCACGCCACCGGCUCCGGCGGAAAAGCCAUGGAGCGACUAAUUCGCGAACAACAACUCGACGCCAUUGUGGAUCUGACCACCUCUGAGAUCGUGGAUGAGCUCGCUGGCGGGGUAUUGUCCGCCGGACCGGGACGGUUAGACGCCGCGGCGGAGAGGGGCAUCCCGCAGGUAGUGAGUGUGGGGGCGUGCGAUAUGAUUAAUUUUGGGACGAAGGAUACAAUCCCCGAGCGGUUCAGCGGGAGGAGGAUCUACGAGCAUAAUCCGACGGUGACUAUUGUGAGGACGGAUGAGGAGGAGAAUCGACGGAUCGGGGAGUUUAUUGUGGGGAAGUUGGGGAAGGCGAAGUGCCCGGGGAACGUGGUGGUUAUGUUGCCGACGGGGGGGAUCAGUAUGAUGGAUGUACCGGGGAAUGGGUUCUAUGAUGGGAAGGCGGAUGAGGUGUUGUUUGGGACGGUGGAGAAGGGGUUGGAGGGUUCCGGGGUGAGGGUUGUGAGAUGUCAGGGGGAUAUAAAUUGUAGGGAGUUUGCGGAGAGUGUAGGUGAGACUUUGUUGGGGUUGUUGAAGAGUGUAGUUAGUAGAUUGUAG